AUGCGGCAGGAUGGCAGCCGGGCGUCGGGCUGGAGCCGCUGGACCCUGGAGGCGGGGGGAGGCGGAGCAGCGCCUGCGUGCGACGGUGCGAGGCGGGCUGGAGCCGCUGGAGCUGGAGGCGGGGGUAGCCGGAGCGGCGCCGAUGCCCGCGCCGCGUCGAGGCGGCUGCGCGCUGCGGAGGCCGAGGCGGGGUGCGCGCUCCGUCGCAACGCGGAGCUGGAGGAGAAGGCCCAGCAGGCGGGCGCCGAGUGCCAGGCGUGGAUGGGCGUCGCCAGGAGCCACGAGGCCGUCGCAGCUGGCCUCCGCGCCACGCUGGAGCAGCUCCUGCAGCCGCCCCGCGCGGCCACCGGUGGCUGCGAGGGCGACGCCGAGGACGCGCGGUCGUGCUGCUUCGAGGCGCCGGCGGCGGUCGCGGACGGCUCCGACGAGGACGGUGCUGCGUCGUCCGGGUCGAAGACGUCGUGCAGGACUGCAGGUCGUGCGGCGGCCGGCGGCGGAUAG